AGGGUGGGUCAUUAAGAGAGAGAAACAGUUGAAGGGCAGCAGUAAUCUCUCAAUGCUGCACAACAACAUAGCUUUAAUGGCUAGACGCUGCCCACCUGAAACCUUGUUGUCAGGGUUACCUCUCUGCAGAGACGCACACCCAAAGGUAGGGGAUGGCUUUAGUAGAGAGGAGACCCUCACCUUGAUGGAGUUAAGAGAGAGGAUGGAACAGAUAUAGGAGGGUAGGAUACCCGUGCAAGAACAAGUGGAGUCAAAACCUGCAGAAAGAAGGAAGAAGGAGUUGGUUGAAGUGGAAGUUAGCACCUCAGGAUGGGCUAUGAUCUGGAGAGGUUUGUAGGCUAUGUCAACGAGGGUCUAUUGUGCUGUGUAUGUCGAGACGUGUUGGAGCGCCCCCUCCAGGCACCCUGUGAACAUGCCUACUGCAGCUCCUGCAUCAGCACCUGGCUGGUCCAUCACCACUCCUGUCCUGAGGACAGACUACCACUGGAUGUGGGCAGCCUCAAACCACUAUACAGGUAUAUGCGCAAUGAUCUGAACAGCCUGCAGAUCCGUUGUGUGAAUGCAGCGCAGGGGUGUGAGGUGGUCUGCUCCCUGGAGAGCCUCCACACACACGAGGAUGAGUGCGAGUUUGCCUUCAUAUCCUGCACUAACACAGGCUGUCCUGUGCAGGUUGAGCGGCGGUGCUUGGAGGCUCACCUGUCAGAAUGUAGCUUCCGCAGCAGGGAGUGUCCCAAUGGCUGUGGCCACACGCUACUCUCCAUUGACCAGUCACAGCAUAACUGUGUAGCGGAGCUGCGUACAGAGCUGGAGAUGCUCAGGGCGGAGAUGCUGUGCAAAGUGGAGGAGGUGAGACGGGAGAUGGAGUCUCGUCUAGACUCGCAGAGGAGACACAUGGUGCAGAAAGAGUCUCAUCUGAAGAACGAGGUGGAGGAGCUCAAGGGCCAGUUAUCCCGUGUGAUGUGUGACAUGCGUGCCCUGCUAGGCGCAGAGCGUUUGAGGAGACAAGAGUUGGCAGAAGCAGAGCUGGAGAAGAGAGAACUGCUGGAGCUCCUCAGAGACCUGCAGCCCACCAGGAGCCAGAAUCCUGCUGAACAGGCAGCCAGGGACCAGCAUCAGGGAGAGCAACAGACAUCAGGCAGGGAACUCCACACUGAGCCAACAAGACAUCAACAGAGAGAGGCUUCUUUCCACACCUCGAGUCUAUCAUUGCAUUCAGCUCAGGCUUCACAUGGAUCAGGUCCACCCCCAUCACCACAGCUGGGUGAGGGAGGGCGCAAGGGUGGCACCCGGAGCCUGACCUUGGACUGCAUCAAAAAGAAGAGCCGGGAGGUGACAGUGAUCUGAAAACGCUACAACAUAUGAAAUCUUUUUUUUUUUUUUUAUUAUUAUUUGGCAACAAAUUUAGGGUUUUGGUAAAACGUGUUACAAAAUCAAGAAUGUGUUAUGCUGUGUUUUGUGCUUAAGAGGCAUGUCUUUGUGUAUCCCAUGCUCAGCUGGAAUAACAAACUGUUGUAAUGAGUGAUAUGCUGAUAUGAAAAAAGCACGCUAAGUGACUCCAGAAGAAAAGGUAGCAAAGAUUUCAUUGUUAUAUAGAACAGUUUGUAAUUGUCUCCAUGAAGACAUAAUCUUUGAUGUUGGAUCUGUCGCUGUUACACUUGGUCAAACCAUCACAAUCAAUACCUCAAUCAUUUAAAAAUGGUCACCUUGAAUCAUCCCGAAUCUCUCCAGACAUUCUUAAAUUAUGACCUUCAUUGUUAUUGUUUGGUUGUAUCAAGGUAUCGAUUUGAAGCACUUGCAGUUUACCUAUUGUAAAGUAUAACAUGGAGAAUGAGUGGGUUGAAGAGGCAGCUCAUCUGUGUAAACUAAAAACUAAUGAGAGGCCACUGUCUGCAUUGGCUUACGCUUUCAUUCGAUUUAGCAUGUUUAAUUUCCAAGUGGAGGCCAGAUUACUCAUAUUCCCCUUGCUCAUUUCUCGCACAGCAAGUUUCAUUUGAGGUAUGCAAGUUAAAUUUAAUAUAAUACACAGAAAAGCCAUUACACAGCCAGUUAUUUUUCUAGUUACAAUAGCAAUAACAAAGCAAUAGUUCUGUAAAAUUUUGCCUGUAUUCAAGAACUGAACGCUCUGAUGAGGGCUUCCUACAGAAACUUGGAAAUUUGCGAUGUGUUACCUGUUAAUAAUUUUUGGAAUACAACUGGUAGAUUUUAGAUUUACACUGUAGUAAUCUCUAUACAUGAUCUCUAUACUUUUGGUACCAGAAGCUCUCGUUUCUGCUUCGUUGACUUUGGCUGCAUGCAUGUGAACAGUUAGCCUUUCACUAGCCAUUUUUAUUCAUCUUCAUUUGUAAACAAUGGAAAUCUUCAGGCAUAUAAUGGUAACAACAGAAGC